UCGCUGUGGGCAGAGGCCGUCCCGGCGGGGCAGCGCUGCCGGGCACCUCUGGAGCGGAGGACGAGGCGCAGAGCGGCAACACCGGGGAAGCUGCGAGGGAGGGGCGAGGCGGCCGCCGCGGGGGGAAGCGGCUCGAACGUGGAGCGGGAGGAGCCCGGAGUGCCGUGCUGAUGUUUCGGAGCUGAGGUAAUGGCAGAAGUCGGUGUGUGGGGCACGGCCGGAGCUCCGGAGCGCGGUCUGCCGUGAUCUGCGCCGGCAUGGGGAACAGCGGCUCGGCCGUGAAGGUCUGCACGGAUCACCAGGGCGGCAUCAACUGGCUGAGCCUGAGCCCCGACGGGCAGCGGCUGCUGACGGGCAGCGAGGACGGCACGGCGCGGCUCUGGAGCACCGCCGACAGCCAGUGCCGCGGGCACUUCCAAGGACAUGAAAGUUACAUCACCUUUUGCCACCUGGAGAACGAGGCUGCCUUCACGUGCAGUGCUGACCACACCAUUCGCAAGUGGGACGUGGUCACCGGGCAGUGCUUGGCCAUUUACAGGGGCCACACGUCCAUUGUCAACAGAAUCCUGGUUGCUAAAGAUUAUCUCUUCAGUGGCUCCUACGACAGGACAGCCCGCUGCUGGAGCGUGGACAAGGAGAAACAAAUCCAGGAAUUCCGGGGCCACCGGAACUGCGUCCUGACCCUAGCUCACUAUUCCUCCAGGGAUGUGCUGGAGGAAGAGGAGGAGGAAGAGGAGCAGGAGGAGAAAGUGAGCAGGGACCUGCUGGUGACAGGGAGCACGGACUGCACUGUGAAGGUCUGGUGGGUGUCCAGCGGGCGCUGCUACCAGACCCUGCUGGGACACACUGGGGCUGUCUUAUGCCUUAUACUUGAUGCACCAAACAGGGAGCUGUUCUCUGGCAGCACGGAUUACACCAUCAGGACCUGGAAUAUUGUCACUGGAGAGCAGCUGAAAGUCUUCAAAGAGCACCAAGGAUCAGUAAUUUGCCUAGAGCUGGUGAAUCGUCACCUGUACUCGGGGAGCGCGGACAGGACGGUGAAGUGCUGGUUUGUAGACACUGGGGAGAGGAUCCAGACCUACAAGGCUCACAAACACAGCGUUAGCACUUUGAAAUACCACGCUGGCAUCUUGUUCACAGGAAGUGGUGAUGCCUGUGCAAGAGCUUUCAAUUCCAGGAGUGGAGUCCUGCAGAAGAUCUUCCGAGGACACAAGUUCAUCAUCAACUGCAUCCAGAUCCACAACGAGCUGCUCUACACAGCUUCCCACGAUGGCACACUGCGGAUCUGGGACAUCCGGGGCGUGUGCAAGAGGAACAAGCGGCGCUUGAAGAAGGAGAGGUCUGUGCAGGGCAGGAGCUCCCAGAAGGGGAGUCUGUCUCGCCUCUUCAACAACAAAGUGGGCUGUGUGAUACAGCAGGAGAACAGGGAACAUGAGGCUGUUGAACUGAUGUGACUGUCCAGAGCAGGCUUUAUGUCAGUGACCAAAGCUGAACCUUUUAUUUUCUGCACCACUGUGGCCAUGUAAACCAGAACUUGGAAAGAGAUGGGAAGUGGCUUCGCCUGAACCUCUGUGUGAGGAGCCAGGAUUCUGGGUGAGGAGCCAGAUGGACUCGGGUCAGAUCCUGUGGCUGUGAUGACUCAGCUGAGCAGCCCUGGGGUCAGGAGGGGAGGCAGCGUGGUUCAGGUGAGGUAGCACUGUGUGAGUGCAAUUAGCAACUUUCUUACCACUUCUGACAUCAGUUCCCUGGGCACAGAGGUGGCUGCCCAGUGUCUGUUGAGAUGUUUUCCUGUUCCUGUUGCCCCCUCCCAUGACCCCUGUCCAGCCCAGUGUGGCAGUGAAAGGUGGCCUUGAAUUCCAUCUUCACAUCUGCCCUUCGGGUCAGUCAUUGGCUGACGAGGCCGAAGCAGGAGGGUUUGGCUCUGCAGGACUUUAAAGCAGACUGGACAUCUCUCUGUGAAGCUGGGAGUAGUAGGACAGAAAUUAAUUUUAUUUUUUUUUAACAAAACAUAAGCCACAGAGCAAGCUAAACCUCAAGCCUUUUGUGCCAAGGUUGUUUGUGCCUUUUGUGUCACCUGUUUGCUGACCUUGUGUUGUCUUUCCUCCUCCCAAAGCUGUGUCUUGCUCUAUUGCCAGUAGCAUUGGAUAAGCAGUCAAACUCAAAAAAAUUUUCCCAGUCUUUCUCCAGGUUAAUUCUUCUCUGAUAACCACUGAGCCAUGAAUUAACAAGGGUUCUUAUAUUUUUCUAUUUGCAGAUAUAACUCUUUGUAGAAUCAGUACAAAAAUAUCUAACCACAUGUUUUUUAUUUUUAUGGCUUUAUUUAUUCUGCACUACAGCAAGAUAAAAAUGCUGUAAUCCUUUUUUAGAAUGGAUUAAUAAACAUGUGGCAUCUCCAGACAA